AAGGAGAAGAAGAAGAAGAAGAAGAAGAAGAAGAAGAUGGGGCAUCCACCGUCGCAUGACAAUAUUCUGCCGAAGAGAAUAAUCCUAGUGAGGCACGGAGAGAGCGAAGGCAACCUUGACGGCACCGCCUACACAACCACCCCAGAUAACCAGAUCCCACUUACCCCUCACGGCAUCGAACAAGCCCGCCUCGCCGGCGAACGCAUCCGCCGCGUUGUCUCCAACGAUGGCCGCUCCCAAAACUGGAAGGUCUAUUUCUACGUAUCACCAUACCAACGAACCCGCUCCACCCUCCGCGAGAUCGGCAGAUCCUUCCCUAGGAAUCGAAUUCUCGGGGUCCGAGAGGAAUGCAGGGUCAGGGAACAGGAUUUCGGAAAUUUCCAGGUAGAGGAGCGGAUGAAGGCCACCAAGUCCGCUCGCGAGAAGUUCGGCCGCUUCUUCUUUCGAUUUCCUGAGGGCGAAUCCGCCGCCGAUGUCUUCGACCGCCUCUCUAGUUUCUUAGAGUCAUUGUGGAGGGACAUAGACAUGAAGAGACUUGUCCAUCAUCGACGCUGCGAUGAUGAGAUAAACCUGGUCAUCGUAUCGCACGGGUUGGCGUUGCGGGUGUUCCUAAUGAAAUGGUUCAAGUGGACGGUGGAGCAAUUCGAGAAUCUGAACAAUCUGUGCAACUGCGAGAGCCGAGUCAUUCAAUUGGGUGCAGGUGGAGAGUACAGCCUUGCCAUCCAUCACUCCGAGGAGGAACUCAUCCAAUGGGGACUUUCUCCGGAGAUGAUCGCCGACCAGAAGUGGCGCGCCAAAGCCAACAAGGGGGACUGGAAGGAUAAGUGCUCCUGGUACCUCGACACCUUCUUCGAUCAUCUUCCCUCAGUUCCCUGUCACUCCUCAUCCUCCGACUCCGAUGACAAUGGUAAUAUCCCCUGCGACCAAAAUGAGGAAAAGGAAAACAACGCCAUUGCUGCUGCUGAGUGCCGAUGACUAACCAUUCUUUUCUUACAGUUAUUGAUUAUAUGGAAUUAAUCUAUACUUGAUUGAUCGUAGUUUGCAACUUGUUCUA